AUGAACGCACCAGAUCGUUUCGAGCUGUUUAUCAUCCCAGAUGGUGUAAAAAAGAUCACAUAUACAUACGACCCAAAGAUAGACAAUGCUGCUACUUUUGUGAUCCAGAAAGAAGACCAUAGUCUCGGUAAUCUCAUUAGAUACUCUUUAUUAAAGGAACCACAAGUCAUAUUCGCUGGUUAUAAAAUGCCUCAUCCGCUCGAGCAUGUCGUCGUAUUAAAAGUCAUGACAACAAAGGACACGAAACCAGAGGCUAUGGUCGCAAAGGCAAUUAAUGACUCGAUAGCCGAGGUGUCUCAUUUGCGGGCCAAGUUUGUUGAAGAGUUGGGUCGUGUAAGGACACAAAUGGCAGCAGCGCCAGACAAGGCGGGCGAGAAGGAUCAAGAUCACGAAAUUCUUCAUUCAACACCACAGCAAGCUCAACCGGUUCAGCUACGGCAUCAAGAACCAAUUGUCACACCAGAAUCAUCUCAGCCUGGUGUAUAUCUUCCUAAUCCUAAUGUAGAUAUGGACUUUUAA